AUGGAGGACCUUCAUUUGACCUCCGAAGAAAAAGACAUGAUCAAGAGGAGCUGGAAAGUUCUCCAGAAAAACCUCAACCAGACUGCGAUUUGCAUCUUCGAAAUGAUCUUCACACAGAGUCCCGACGCCAAACAGGUUCGUGCCAUUUAUCCGACAUCAGACACUCCGGCCGUUUCAGUUGUUUCCCUUCAUGAGAAUCUCCCAAAGCACCAAAUCUCGUGAAAUGGAGUUUCACGCACUCCGUUUCAUGCAGGUUUAUUGAUGAAGGUGCACUAAGGAACCAGAGAAUUCAGGUUUUGGAGUCCGUGGUCAAGUUCUUGAACGAUCCGACGAUGCUCAAUCCCUUGUGCGAUAACCUUGGCAGGUUGGCUGCUGAACAAACCCGAUCAUCCCGUAGAAAUAAAACUAUAACUGGAAAAGUUCAUACGCAUCAGCAGCAAAGUUUGAGAAUCUUGCCGAAACUAUCACAAUUAUGACUAACUAGUUAGAACAGCAUAAAAGUAAAAAUAUAUGAAAUUGUAGGCUGAGAGGGAGAGAAUCGAUAUUCAUUACAGGAUCCACGGAAGGCUGAGCGAGACUCGCGGCUUCAGAACUCACCACUGGUCUGUUUUUGUCGAAUGCACUCUUUUCCAUCUGAGACGGGUCCUCGCCAAGGUUUCUUCCGAUUUCUGUGUCCGUCAUGACGCUUUAAACCUCAGGAAAACGAGUUUUCUGAGUUGCAACUCCUCGACCAGACCAUUUUGUGUUGGCGAUCGAUUCUUCUGGCCCUUAUCGAGCGGAUGAAGGUUAAACUUUUUGAAGAAAACACUAAAGUUGAAAGUUGAGAACAAGGAAACUAUUCCUGUCGCUACCUUAGUUCUCAUGUUCUUUUUUUUGUAAUACACUUUUCGAAGAUUCGGCUGUACUACUCAGGAAGUCUAUAUUCAUUGAAAGCUCGCUAAAAAAACGCAAAAAUUAUUCAUUGAAUAUGUUCCUGAGCCACUUCUUUCUGCAUCCCUUUUCACGAGUCUUCUGUUUAAAUCAAUAGUAAGUAAUUAAUAUCUCUGAAAGUGAAUCAUUUCAGUUAGGGUUCAAGACCGAUAUCAGAAACCGAAAAGUGAGUCGAAUGGUGUCAGGUUCGCGGAGCCGCAGGGGUAGUAUGUCUUUUCAAAGUCACGGUUUGUCUAAGUCUUGAAAAACUUGAAAAACUUUUGUUGCAGUGAGUAGAAGGUCACUUCCCGCACUGUCCGACGUGCAACCACUGGUUCUCAAUGGUCGAGGUGCCUAUUUUUUGAUUUCUAAAAUAAAAAUUGAAGUUAGAAAAAAAAAAUUUAUUUCUUCAGGUCCAACGCUUUUGAAAAGAUUCUGACUCACCAGCCUUUCUUUAAAAUUUUUGUAAAAAUAAUUAACUUAUAGCGAAACUUUCAGAAGUUCGACGAAGCUCCGAUCGUUCUCCUUCGGGCCUUUUCAACUCAUUGA